AGUUAGUUGGCCUUUUUGAUUUUCCUUUUUUUUUUAGUGACUCCUCUCCCUAUCUACCUAACUACUGCACUCUAAUUAUUUCGAUCGAUCACACUAAUUUUCUUUGCUACUCGUACGAUUUGAAUCCCCCGUCCUUCCUCUUCAUUUACAAUCUCAUUCUCACCUUUUCACACUCACUUCAAGUUAUACUCACUCCCCUCCCUGUAUCUACCUACGUGUUUUAUUCUGUUAUUCGUGAACAUACUUCUCUUCCCCUUUCAACUUCAAUGUUGUAACCCACGUUCAUUAUUUCUCCCAUGCUUGACAUCUCAAGGUCCAAUCAUUUCAAUUCACUAAAAUAUCAAAGUUUCGAAUUCGAUACCAUUUACCGCUAGGUACCGACCCUUUUUGACUUCGGCCCAGACAGAACGCCUCCCCGUUCCCUCAACCCUAAUUUGCGCCGUUGCAUUCGAUUUAUAAUCUUUGAGACGCUUCGUCUCAUCUUUGAAGUCAAGUCGACGCUUGGGCGCCCCGUCUUCUGGAGGCCGCCGUCGCUCUCGAUAAUGCGCUCGCCCGCUUUCCCCCCUAGGCGGCCCUCUCACCUCUUGCGAUAUAUAUUCCCUGCCUUCCUCGUAAUAUGUAUUUUUUACUAUCUCUCAAACCGACCACGAGAUUCGCAAGUUGUGGAUAGCCACCUGACACCUGAGCUUGACUCCUCGAAAUCGCCGUCAUCAUCUCCCUACGAGCAUAACGUACCGGACCCUGUCAAUCCACCCGCCCAAAAUCCGCCGCCGAGCAUACAAAAGCCCGUCCACGAAAAUCAAGAUGACGAAAGCAAACCUGUCCCCGACGCGAAACCCGCCGCCGCUCAACCUGUUCCACCCAAACCUAACACUGCAGCACCACCACAUCCUAUUGACGACUUGAUCAAGGUUGCCGAAAAAGACUUCAAUGGUAUGCUAUCCAAAGAAUCGAAAACGCUGGCCGAAGCCGCCCACGCUUAUCGCACACGACGCGGUCGCCACCCACCCCCUGGAUUCGACAAGUGGUACGAAUUUGCCAAAGGGAAGAAGGCUAUCAUUGUCGAGGAUUUUUUCGACCAGAUUCAUCAUGAUCUGAACCCCUUUUGGGGUCUAGACCCUGCCAGCAUUCGCGACGAGGCUAGAGGGUACGAAAUGGUGAUCAGUGUGCGCAACGGUAAUGCGAGCGCCGAAAGCGAUUGGUUUUGGACUCAGAUCUGGCUAGAUAUGAUUCAGACCAUCGAACACCUGCUACCUGACAUGGAUAUUGCUUUGAAUGCCAUGGACGAACCUCGACUUGUCGUUCCAUGGGAGGAUAUCAACGCCUAUAUGAAGAAGGAAAAGCAAUCGCGAUUACUUAGUCCCAUUAAGUCCACUGUCUCAGAUUUCCAAAAAUUACCCAAACCCGCCGCCAAGGAUGAAGCCAAGUCCACGAAUGUCGUUGAUAAGGGGUGGGAAGACACUAAUCCGUAUUGGCUAAUCGCCCGUCGAGGAUGCCCCCCCGACAGCCCGGCUCGCAAACAACCUGCCAUGACUUCUUUUGAUACCACGCCCAACUUUUCCCCCUCAUGGGCAACCCCACACCAAUAUCAGGGCUAUGUGUCUAAUUCGACGCUAUCAUCAGAGUUCUGUCAUCAGCCUGACCUACAGGGGCUAGAAGGAAUCUUCAUCCGGCCCUUGACCACAGCUGCCACCAAAGUUCUCUUUCCAAUGUUUGGAGGUAGCAAGCUCGCCACUAACAAUGAGAUCCUUCUCCCCGCUGCUAUGUACUGGAAAGAAGAAGAACGGUUUACGGGGGGAGGCGACCAUGGGCCACCCUGGGAUACCAAAAUUGAUCCUUUAAUAUGGCGCGGUGUGGCUACAGGCGGCCGCAACAACGAAUCGAAUUGGAAGGGGUUCCAGCGACACCGAUUUGUCGCAAUGAACAACGGAACGAAGCUUUCGCGCGCCGAAGAGGAUGUGGAGCCCCCAGCUAACUUCCAACUACCUAGUUCGACUUAUAAUCUGGCGGCGCAAAAAGACAAGCGCCUAGGCGAGUGGGUGUCACAAUGGUCGGACGUAGGCUUUACUGACUUGUUCUGUGAUCCUAACGUGGAACCCAAGCAAGAAGAGGGACGCUGCAUUUACACGAACAAAUACUUCGAGACGGUGAUGGGGCUAAAAUUAACUACUCAGUUCUACUACAAGUAUCUUCCCGAUAUCGAUGGCAACUCUUUCUCAGGCCGAUAUUUGGGAUUUUUAAGAAGCACGAGUCUACCGAUCAAGAGUACGCUGUGGCGUGAGUGGCACGAUAGCCGUCUGGUGGCUUGGAAACACUUCGUGCCGAUGGAUAACCGAUUCGGCGACUUCUAUGGUAUUAUGGAGUACUUCCUUGGAUACGAGGACAGCGUCCCGGGCCAUGACAAAGAAGCCGAGAAGAUUGCAUCAGAUGGUAAAGCAUGGGCUGAGAAAGUUCUCAGGAAAGAAGACAUGCAAGUCUACGUGCUGCGACUCCUACUCGAAUACGCCCGAAUCGCGGACGACCGAAGAGAAAAGAUGGGGUGGGUGGAUGAUUUGUUGUCUUGAACAAGAAGAAACGUCCAGAGAAUUGGGGCGGUUUAAGUCUGAUACAUACCCUAGAUGACGAGCUGCAGUGUAUAACUUCGUCUAUAUACCAUAUGAGGACGGCGUUUUGGUAGGGUGUGGCAU